GGCUGCCCCCGCUUUAUAAUUUAUCUUAGGGUUGCAGAUCAUCUGUCAGAUUGGGUCAGAUGCGGUUCCUUUUAUCUUCCUCCCCUGUUGCCUUUCAACCUGAUCCCAACUUAUUCACCACUUUUGUUAAAAGUGUGAAGGUGCUGGAAUAACCGUCGCAAGAAUGGCACCACAGGCGAAGAAAUGGCCAUCGAGAGAAGGGUUCACAGCCGAUGUGGUCGGCAAUUGGAUCCACCGCACCCUACUCAGCCCCUGGAAGAUGGUACCACUGCUAGUACUAGCCCAGUAUACUGUGAAGGGCCGUGAGAUCCUCGAGUCGCGCCCGCAGGUGCUCAAGGCCCUUAAGGGGCUAGCCUCGCUGGCGGUCCUUCAUCGGCUCAGCGCAUGGCUGGACCGUCGCUCCGUCAAUAAUGGCUUGAAAGACCACUAUGACUGGAACCGUGAAGUGAUCGUCCUGACUGGUGGUAGUGGCGGGAUUGGACGGCGAGUUGCGCAGCUGCUCGGCGAUCGCGGCAUCAAGGUCGCCAUCCUGGACAUCGCGCCCCCGGCAGAUUCAUUGCCAAGCAGUGUACGCUACUACGAAUGCGAUAUUACCUCCCCCGAAAAUAUCGCCGAGGUGGGCCGCAAGAUUCGCGCCUCGUUCGGCAAGCCAACCAUCCUGAUUAACAAUGCGGGCAUCCUUACCGGCAACACCAUCCUCAGCACCACUGAGGCCGUGACCCGACGCUUGUUUGAUGUCAAUACUCUUUCGCACUACUGGCUGGCGCGGGAGUUUCUACCGGACAUGAUCGCGACUAACCACGGAAUGGUGGUUACUGUUGCCUCCCAGUCCGGAUACACCGUCACCCCCAACAUGGUCGAUUACUCCGCCUCCAAGGCCGCUGCCAUCGCUUUCCACGAGGGUUUGGCGGCCGAGUUGGUUACGCGAUAUCAGGCACCACGUGUCCGUACCGUACUAGUUACCCAGGGCUUCACGCGCACUGCCUUGAUUAACAAUCUGACCCCGGAGGAUACUUUCUUAGCUCCCCUUCUACACCCCGACACAGUCGCCGAGGGCAUUGUUGAUCAAGUUUUGACUGGUGAGAGCGGUAAUGUUCUUCUACCCGGUGCUUCUGGGACUCUCGCGCAGCGUCUUCGCGCUUAUCCUAUGUGGUUCCAGCAUUCGUUGCGGUGCCGACUGGAGCGGCUCAUGCGUGCGGAAUAGCUGUAUUUCGUGAAGCCGUCCGGGAAAUAUGUGUAACCAAUUCAUCACGUUGCGAUACCAUUGCGCCUGCAUUAUUCAUGUGGGGGUUCUUUUUUCUUUUGUUUGUUUUUCCUUUUUCGCUGUAGGUUGGAUUUGGAUGAGGCGAUUAUGUCGUUUUAAUCUCAGACCUUCUAGGCAAUCGAAGCUGAGAACUGCUGUUUCCAAUGUACCCUGGUCGCCGAUUGGCGAGAAUUGUGUAUCAAGAACUGAUAGCUUUAUCCUUUAUCGCACAAUGUUGAACAAUAAUCUUCAUAUCA